AUGGCCACCCCCAACUCCCAAUCCACAAAAAACACCUCCCAACCAACAACCACCUUCCCCUUCCUCCCACCAGGCGAUGACCAUGACCACACCACGAAUACCACCACAGACUCUCCCAGUCACAAUGACGAAGCCACCACCCCAACCACAUCCAGCACCAACACAACGUAUACCCUCCAGCAAACCCUAACAGGCCUCCUAACCCACCUCCCCGACCAAGCAACAUCCCUCCUCUCCACAAUCCUCACCCUCUGGGAACGCUACCCGCGCCUAUCAACCUUCCUCCUAAGCCAAACCGUCUGCGCAACCUUCCCGCUCCUCCUCUUCGUCGUCGGCGCCACCGUGACAACGCUAACCGCCGCACUGAUCGCGCUGAUCAUAUUCGUCGACCUGUCGCAGCUGAUCCUCGUUCCGUCACUGCUUCUGUCUUCGGUUUUUGCGACACUACUCUGGGCUUGGGGGUGGGCUGUAUUUUUGGGGGGAAGGUGGGUGCUUAGGCUUUGCUCUGGGGAUGGGAAUGGGGGGCAGGAUGGGGGGAGGGUUGAGUGGUGGGGAGAGUGGGAGGAGGAUGUGGAGGGUAGGGACAAGGAGAAGGACAAGGGGAGGGACUAUGUGCGGGAGUUUAAGGAGAAGGUUAAACAGGAGGAGAAGGAGAGGGAAAUGCAAAAGAAGAAAGAAAGGGAGAAGGGUGUUACUGGUGAUCUUGGUGCUGAGACGCCGAAGGGUGAGCUGGAAGGGAUCCCUGAGAAAGAUGUCGGCAAGCCGAGUGAGAAGUAA